UGUGGGUAAAGCUUGCACUAAUGGUUACUCAAAUGUAUCACCCCAAAACUCCAGACUCAAGAUGGCAUCUAUCCGAAUGACAGUGAAAUUUCCCUAACCUUGUUCAUGUGUAUUCGCGAGUGCCUAAUGCAUUAGCCGAAUCACGAAUAAACAAUAAUAAAAAAGCAGUUAUGUUACGCUACAAGGACGAUUAAUUCGUACGUGCAGGAUAUCAUAUGCUUUAACAAUAUAUGACGUUAUCUAUCACAUUGGCUGUCACUGUCAAAAACCCGCCAUCCUUUAAAAAAAAAUUUUUAUUUUGAAUUGCUAUUGCCUGAACCGCUAGUUUGGCUCAAUAAUGGGAAAACAGUGAAAAACAUCGGGAAAAGAUCGAUAAAGAAAGAAAGGAAAAAAAUCGACGUACCGAUGUUAUGUUCACAUUUCGUUUCACUUCAACUUCGUUUGUCUUAAUGAUAACAUAUUUAAAUGUCACGUCAGAAUAAAGAGCUGAUGCAUAAGCAUCUUUUUGAUGGCACCGCUUGGAAUGUGUACAACCCGACUCUUUUAAAUCUAAGCGUAGGUGCUCCAGGCCCAGAUCUUUUGGAGCCCUGCUGCGAUAUUUUUCAACAGGCUACUGCCCAUUGCUUGGAACACGAAAAAAAGUCCAACAAUUCUCUGAUCUUUCAAUAUGGACCAACAAGUGGGACCUAUGAGAUACGUAAAGAAGUUGCCAAAUUCUUCAGCAAGAUGUACACCAACUCCGUUAACUGCGAGGACUUGAUAAUCACAACUGGCGCAACGCAAGGUUUACAUUUCGUCCUUUCUACUCUGAUUGACUUUAGUGGUUAUAUAUUUGUGGAUGAGUACACAUAUAUGAUUGCAUUGGACAGCAUGAGACACUUUACGAGUCUUAAAAUCGUUCCACUUAAGCUGAAUGAUGAUGGCGUGGAUCUUGAUGAUCUGGAUGAAAAAGUAAGAGGUCGUCAUUUUAAAUCAAAGAACAAGGAGUUUUGGGCUAUCUAUUAUACGAUUCCCACUUACCAUAAUCCUACUGGCAUAUUGUUUUCACCAGCUGUUUGUCGUGGAAUUGUGCAGUUGGCACGCAAAUAUGACUUCUUAGUACUGUGCGACGAUGUCUACAACAUCCUUCAUUAUGGCGAAAAACCCUCGAUUGAUCGUCUAAUAUCCUGUGACGCUCGUACAGAUGCGGAUUUUGUCGGCAAUGUCAUUUCCAAUGGCAGCUUUUCGAAACUUAUUGGACCUGGUGUGCGCCUAGGAUGGCUGGAGGUGCCACCACGCGUUAAACCGCUGCUGGAUAGCAGUGGAAUCAUUCAGAGCGGUGGUGGUUUCAACAACUACACAGCUUGCAUUGUGGCUAGUCUGUUUGAGCUGCAGUUGGCGCAAUCUCACAUUGCACGGCUCUACGACGCAUACAAAGAGCGGAUGUUGGCGACCAUAGAUGUACUGAAGUGUAAGUUACCCAAAAGCUGCCAUUUUGUGCCACCUAGUGGAGGAUUUUUUAUAUGGAUACGUUUGCCGGAUCAAUUAAAGGCGCUCGAUUUCAUGGAAUAUUGUAUGGAGCGUGAAAGGAUUACAUUCAUUGGAGGUUCACGUUUCGCAGUAGAAGAGGGCAAGGGACAGCAGUUCUUUCGUAUAACUAUAGGUUUUUACAACAAGGAAAAACUUGUUGAUGGGGUCAAGCGUCUGUGUGUGACUUUGAAGGACUAUAUAAAUACUGUUCACAUGAAUAAUUGUUGAUUUUAUAAUAUGGCA